UGAAACCACUUCUUCAGUUCAGUCUGCAGGGUGUGUGUAAAGUCCAGGUGCCUUGUAUGGCUCCAGGAGUGUUUCGUGUCUGCCAGUCUCACCCCCAUAACAGCAGCACAAAGUGAGGGGUGGAGCAGUGUGGGAGGAGCACAGUACAGAAAAAGUUCUCAUUUCCUCCAAUAUAAAAGUAGGAUUAACUACCUUUUUAAACCUUUGUCAAUCGUGCUACAAGGGAGUCCUGUUAAGUCCGGAGCUCUGCUACAAAAUGUCAUUCAGUGACAUGCUGGCCAUCCUUGGGGGAUUUACAGUUGUUUUCCACCUGUUGAAACUGGUCUGGAGAUGUUGGUGUGGAUUCAGAGAGUUUGUUUUGUCAGAGCUUUGGCAAGUUGAUUUAAGGACAUAUGGACAAUGGGCAGUUGUCACUGGUGCCACAUCUGGUAUUGGUAAAGCUUAUGCCAGCGAGCUGGCACACAGAGGCCUUGAUGUUAUUUUGAUAAGCAGAUCUGAUGAAAAGCUUGAAAUGGUUGCCAAAGAAAUACAGGAUCAGUAUGGACGAAAGACUCGCACCAUCCAAGUGGACUUCACAGACGGCCACAGUAUCUACCCUUCUAUAGCUGAAGCACUACAGGGAUUGGAGAUAGGAAUUCUGGUUAACAAUGUAGGAAUAGCCUAUUCUGAUCAUUUUGCGUAUUUCCUGGAAAUACCAGAUGCUGAACAGAAAAUCACUGAGAUUAUCAACUGUAACAUGCUGUCUAUCCCACAGAUGACCAGACUGGUUCUUCCAGGCAUGGUUGAAAGAGGGAGAGGGCUGAUCAUCAAUAUAUCCUCCGAAGUGGGCAUCCGUCCACAGCCUUUGUUGUCCCUUUAUUCUGCCACUAAGAUUUUUGUAAUAUAUUUCUCUCAGUGUCUGCAUGCUGAGUACAAGUCAAAGGGCAUUAUUGUUCAGGGAAGUCCCACCUGUCCAACCACAAUCCCCCACCCCCCAGUGUGUGGCCCCCUUCCUGGUUUCCACCAACAUGACAAAGAAUGUGACAGUCAACUGCUUUGUGAAGACUGCUUCAGGCUUUGUCCGCGAGGCCUUGAACACUGUGGGUCACUCCAGUUACACCAGCGGCUGCCUGUCCCAUGCACUCCAGAACAUGGCUCUCACAAUACUGCUGCCGGACUGGCUGCGUAUGUCAACAGUCCUCAUAAGAAAGCUACAUAACCUUGCAAAAGUCAGCAAACAUGAAAGAAGAGAAUGCAGGGAAAAGGAUAAGCUCAGUAAAAAGGAGGAGUAGUUAUGUCACUGCAUCUGCACAGAGUAUUCACUAAAUGGAUGAAGAUUACUGACAUGUUGACUUUAAUAGCUGACUAUGGGCAUUAUACCUAGAUUAUCUUGACUGUAGGUCCACUUCUCACAUGUGUGCAACAUCAUAGCAAGGUUAUGGUAAUACAUUGCCUACACUAUAUGUACAGCCAGAUUCACGGGAUGAAGUAUUGUUGGGCCACAAUAUCUGCAGGGGAGCUGAAGUUUCUAUUUAUCGUUUAUAUUAAUAUUUUAAUAUUGCACUUGACAGAUAUACAGGCACAAUCUGUUUUUAUUGCAUUUAAGUAAUUUUUUUAAAUACAUAAUUUUUUGUUAAGAUUUUAGUGUGUGUGUAUUAAUUAUGUUAUUUAUUUCUAUGGCAAACAGAAGUUUAAUGUAUUCAGUGCAACACUAUAAAAAAAAACAUGACAAGAAUGCAGUAACAUUUUAUUCUGUAUUUUUUUUUAAAUGUUAAAUUAAUUUGUGUAACAAUGGUACAACACGCUCUCUUUUUAAUUUUGA